AUGGCAACGUCAAACGUCCUAGCAAUGACCAUUGGCGCCAAGGAACAGCAACGGUCUCUGCAGAAUGUGUUCAGAGUCAAGGAUGGCAGAAGAAAGCACAGCUCUAGACCUGGCUCUCUAGCAGCGGAAGAGCUGUCUCAAGUUACCAGUGCGUCCGCGGUUGGGCAGCCUCGUGGUCGACGAGCCCACAGAAAGAGCCGCUGGGGGUGCAAAACCUGCAAAAGCAGAAGGCUGAAAUGCGACGAGAGCAAAGAUCAUGACGGGGGCUGCCUCAAGUGUAAGGUCCGUGGAGUGAGAUGUGACUACCUCUCGAGUAUGGCGUCGAUGAAGGAUUAUGAGAGGCUUUCAGGGAACCCACAGCAGGAGAAGUCGUCAUAUGAGAAACCGAAGUCGAUCAUAUUAGACGAUUCAAGGGAGAGGCAGAGUAGUGUUGUCGCCUUCUCAUCGACGGGAGCAAUGAGGCCCAUCUCCCUCAUCCGUCGGACUUCACCUCUGUCCUGUUCCAGGUCAUGGACACCGCAAUUACCAUUCGAGUCACUGCAGGUGGACGGAAUACCCUCUUCGCUCGCGGUGCUGCACCACUUUGUCAACAUGACUGCCAUGACAUGUGGAAAUUCCAAAAGUCAGAUUAUUGCCAGGACAGAGGUUGUGUCGUCGGCCCUCCAGACUCCAUAUCUCAUGCAUACUGUCCUGGGACUCGCAGCAGCUCAUCUACGAUCUCUCAUGACAUUCGAGAUGCAGCCUCUUUCAGCGAAGCUCAAGGUCGCGGAGUGCUAUCAUUGGGCCAAAGCGAUCAAAGGCUUUCGACGUGAGCUUGGUGGUAUCUCUGCCGAUGACGGAAGAGUAACAAAUAGGCAUGGUCAUGUCACAAAGCACAACAUGGAUCAACUUCUGAGCACGGUCAUGUUUAUAUCCAUGCACCAGUUCUCGCAAAAGGAUGACUCAGAUCUCGCAGAGGGCGGUGUCUCGGCCCCAUGCAGCUUCGUUUGGCUCGAAGAUCAGUCAGCACGAGAGGUUGCUCUCAAAUGGCUCGGUAUCCAAGCAGGGUUUAAAGGCCUUCUUCAAGCCAUGGAACCGUGGCUCGCAUCAAGCUUUUGGCUUCCGAUAUUCAGAACUGUUGACCACGAUGGGGCAUUCAGUCUCCGUGUGUUGGCCGCUGAAAUAGAUGACACAGAAUACACGCCAAGCAGCAAAAUCGAUUUGAUCGAAGCCAAUUUCCUGCGUCUUUGCAAUAUUGCCGCCGACUCUGACAGCGAGCAGCCUUAUUACAUCAGUCUGGAGACUAUGCUGUGGUGCAGAAGGAUGAGACCUAUUAGCGCUGAGAGCUUCACCAAGCUCCUGACCUUCGUCUCGCGCAUAACGCCCUCUUUUCAGCAACUCUUGAUUGAUCUGGACACAGCAGCAUUGGUGAUACUGGCUCACUGGCUUGCUUUGAUGCUUGAAAUUGGUCACUGGUGGAUCGUUGGUCGCUGUCGGCUCGAAGUCCGCCAGAUUGUACAAUUCUUGUAUCAACGAGAUGUCGUGGGCCGACCGGAUCAGCGUGUUAAAGCACUGCUUCACGAGCCUGCAGUCGCUAUUGGAGUGUCACUAGACGAUAGCAUGGAGGCAGAGGUACGCGAAGCAUCUAGUCGUGGCUGCCAGUUCAGAUAG